CCAUGUCCAGGCUGAAAUUCUUUCUUUUAACACUCUUUGUGAGUUUAUUUUUAUCUUCAGUUAAUGGGGACUAUUACUCAGCAAUCAGCGACCUGGAGAGACUCCUCGAUGUGGAGGCUUUUAUCGUGGAGAAGUUUGAUGAGUAUCUAGAAAGAGCUCAGCAAGAACAGCAGGAAAUUAAAAAAUUCCUUGACCAAGUAGAAGAACUGCAAAAGAAUCGAGGUGAUCUUGAGGAGUACUUCGGAAAUCCUGUAAAUGCCUUCACAACCAUUCGAAGGAUGGUUCACGACUGGAAGUUUAAUGUUUUUGAUCCCAUUUUGGAGUCAACCAACUUUGAGACCUACAAGAAGUCCCUGAGUGAGUCUACGGAUAAGAUAAAGUUCAAGGGACCCACAGAGGAGGAUCUCAAGGGAGCCACUCGUGGUCUGCUCCGCCUGCAGAAUAUCUAUCAGCUGCCCACAGCUCAGCUGGCAGAUGGAUUUCUUCCGGGGGAAAAGAAUCCACUAAAUGCCACCUUAAGUGCCAGUGACUGCCUCGAGAUUGGAAAGAAUCUCUGCGAACUAAAGGAGUACACCUAUGGCUCCGAGUGGCUGUUGGAGGCCAGAAUGAGAUUGCAUGGAGAACCUGAGGACUUUCUCUCCCCAAAUGUGACUGAUUUUGAGAUUCUGGAGCAUCUCUCGCCCGCCUUCAAAGGUAUGGGUAAUCUCAAGUUAGCUCACAAACUGAACAGUGAGAUACUGGAUAAGGUACCCAGUCACGAAGAGGCUUUAAAGAACAGGAUUUUCUAUGAGACUCAGCUAGCAAGGGAAAGAAAUAAAAAGCCUACUAAGCCAGUGAUUGUUCCUCAAAAAUCGGAAAAGGAACUAAAGGAGAGUUUCCAGCUGUAUAAACAAGUGUGUCGGGGUGAUCUUAGCCCAUCUCCUCGAAAACAGCGUAAACUUCGGUGCUAUCUGAGCCAUCAGAAUGUGUCCUACCAUCGCCUCUCUCCCUUCAAGAUAGAACAACUGAAUCUGGAUCCCUAUGUGACCUAUAUUCAUGAUGUAAUUAGUAACAGCGAAAUGGAGCAGAUUAUGGAGUACGGCAAAGGACGGAUGAAGCGUUCCAGGGUGGGUCAAUCUAUGAAUGCCACCACCACUGAAAUCCGGACUAGUCAAAAUACUUGGCUUUGGUACGAAGCAAAUCCUUGGCUGUCAAAGAUAAAACAGCGUCUGGAGGACAUCACAGGACUCAGCACGGAGAGUGCAGAGGCAUUGCAGCUGGUCAACUAUGGCAUCGGUGGUCAGUACGAGCCGCACUUUGACUUUAUGGAGAGUACCUCCGACUGGAAGGGUAAUCGACUGUUGACAGCUCUUUUCUAUCUUAAUGAUGUCCCCCUGGGUGGUGCCACCGCCUUUCCCUUCCUCCACUUGGCUGUGCCUCCCGUCAAGGGCAGUCUCUUGGUCUGGUAUAACCUUCAUCGUUCCCUACACAAGGAUUAUCGAACAAAGCACGCAGGUUGUCCAGUUCUUCAAGGAUCCAAGUGGAUUUGCAAUGAAUGGUUCCAUGAAGGUGGCCAGGAAUUUAACCGACCCUGCGGUCUCACCAGCGAUGAGGGAAAGUUCAAGGAGUUUGAGGAAAAAUAA